GAGGAGAAGGAGAGGCCACGCCAGGCACCAACUGAGACAAAAGUAUCUCCAAACCAGCACCCAACUCCACCUUGAGAGGCAGGCGGCCAGGCGGGCGCCUCAGCAUGGCUUCCGAGGAACUCUACGAGGUAGAGAGAAUUGUUGAUAAGAGGAAAAACAAGAAAGGAAAAACAGAAUAUUUAGUACGAUGGAAAGGCUAUGAGAGUGAAGAUGAUACAUGGGAGCCUGAACAGCACCUUGUGAAUUGUGAGGAAUAUAUACAUGAAUUCAAUAGACAUCACAAUGAAAAGCAAAAAGAAAGCACAUUAACAAGGACAAACAGGACAUCUCCAAAUAAUGCAAGAAAACAAAUUUCUAGAUCUACAAAUAGUUCGUUUUCAAAGACUUCUCCCAAGUCUUUAGUUAUUGGAAAAGACCAUGAAUCAAAAAAUAAUCAGUUGUUUGCUUCUGCCCAGAAGUUUCGGAAAAAUGCCAGUCCGCUUUCUGGUAGAAAAAAUAUGGAUCUUUCAAAAUCAGGUAUCAAAAUCCUUGUGCCCAAAAGUCCUAUUAAAAUUCGGACAGCAGUGGAUGGAUUUCAAAACGAAAGUCCUGGUAAGCUGGACCGCAUAGAACAGGAGGAUUCUGUAGCACCAGAAGUGGCAGCAGAGAAACCAGUUGGAGCUUUAUUAGGACCUGGAGAAGAGCGUGCCAGGAUGGGGAGUAGGCCAAGAAUACAUCCAUUAGUACCACAGUUACCUGUGCCAGUAACCGCCGCUACCAUUGCAUCUGCAUUAACAAUAAAUGGAAAAGGUACAUCUACCUUCAUAGAAGCCUUAGCAACCAAUGGUACCAACAUACAGACAUCAGUGACAGCCAGCAAACGAAGAUUUAUUGAUGAAAGGAGGGAUCAACCUUUUGAUAAGAGGCUACGAUUCAGUGUGAGACAAACUGAGAGUGCUUACCGGUACAGAGACAUUGUUGUCAGGAAACAAGAUGGCUUCACGCACAUUUUAUUAUCAACCAAAUCAUCAGAGAACAAUUCAUUAAAUCCAGAGGUAAUGAAAGAGGUCCAAAGUGCACUGAACACAGCAGCAGCUGAUGACAGUAAACUUGUCCUCCUCAGCGCAGUUGGCAGCGUCUUCUGCUGUGGCCUUGACUUCAUUUAUUUUAUACGGCGCUUAACAGAUGAUAGAAAAAGAGAAAGUACUAAGAUGGCAGAUGCUGUUAGGAAUUUCGUAAAUACUUUCAUUCAGUUUAAGAAGCCCAUCAUUGUAGCAGUAAAUGGCCCAGCCAUUGGACUUGGAGCAUCUAUAUUACCUCUAUGUGAUGUGGUUUGGGCUAAUGAGAAGGCUUGGUUUCAGACUCCAUAUACGACAUUUGGGCAAAGUCCUGAUGGAUGUUCGUCCCUUACAUUCCCAAGAAUAAUGGGCCUGGCAUCUGCAAAUGAAAUGUUGUUCAGUGGAAGGAAGCUGACUGCACAAGAAGCAUGUGCAAAAGGACUGGUGUCUCAAGUUUUUUGGCCAGGAACAUUCACCCAGGAAGUCAUGGUUCGAAUUAAGGAACUUGUCACUUGUAAUUCAGUUGUACUUGAAGAAUCCAAAGGUUUAGUUCGUAAUAUAAUGAAGGGGGACUUAGAACAAGCGAAUGAUAAGGAGUGUGAAGUUUUAAAGAAAAUUUGGGGAUCUGCUCAAGGGAUGGACUCCAUGUUAAAAUACUUGCAGAGGAAGAUUGAUGAAUUUUGAAGAGAUGUGCAUUGACACUGGAAUUGUAUUUACUUGGACAUCUGGAUGUUGUGGAUGCCCUAAAUGAAUUUAAAAAUCUAAAAUAAAACUCGCUCAUUGCUCAGAAAGCGUGGGACUGACGUUUGGAAGAACAUGGUUUUAUUGUUGAGGGUUUUUCAAGAAGUACUGUAUGUUAAGCGAACAAAUUUCCUUUCUCCAUAUAUAGAUAUAAAUAUAUAUAAAUAUAUAUUAUAUUUCUUUAUAUACACAAACUAAAAAAAUAUAAUGGAGUGCACUACCAAACUUUGUCUUCUACUUUGUUAUCAUUGGCUAGUACUGUAUCUGAAAGAAAAUGACAGAUAAAAUGAGGCGUUGCAUUAUUUUGUAUGUGGCAGGAAAGUCCUGAAGCAAUGAGAUAUUUUUUCACUAGAGUACAGAAUUAAAACGGGUAUCGGCCAGCCCUUACUUUCACUGCCCAAUAAGUUGGUUAAGAAGAGGCAUUGCCUUGAAUUUCAAGGAAGGUUUAAAAAUACCUCAAGUAAUGACACAUUCUAAAAUGAAUUAUUUUUAAAGUAAAUCCCUGUAAUUAAGUGGUGUAUUUUCUUCCCCAAAUAUGAGUGUGCUCAGGAUUUAUGCUAUAAAAACACUCAGCCCUUCUUGUUUUGGGGGACAUGCCCUGUUUCUUACCCAGGCCAGAAAUGAAGAAGCCAGUCUCUUGUCAAAAAAGAAGCUUCGUUUUGCAGUAUUAGUGAAUCACUGAAUACCAUAUAUACUAUGGGUAUCUUAAAUUAUAGUUUAGUCUUAGUGGGUUUUAUAAAAAUAGGGGUUUUCUUGAAUUAUUUUAACUACAUAAUUGCUUCUGUUGCUGGGUGAGAACUACUCUGUAUACAAGGUUGUUUUGUGUUUUUUUUCUUCUGUUUGCUGGUUUGUUAAAUGAUUACACCAAAAAUGUAUUUUAUGUUCAUUUUUUAGCUUCACGUAGAAUAUAUUUUAUUUAAUAAGUUAAUACUUUUGGCACACUAUUAAAUACAAAACCUUUUUUUAAAAAAAAAACUACCUUUAAUUAGAUUUUUGUCUUUUUUGUCAAUGCUCUUUAUUUUACACUCUAGCCCUGAUCCAGUGAUCUUUCCAUGCAACAGCAGGCUGCUGGCAUUCUGCAUAAAGACCUCCAUCACCAAACAGAGAAUCAAUGAAAUGGAUUGAUUGGCUGUUGGGGGUGGUGUCCCCCAUGUGUUUGGUGUAAACAUGAUACAGGAGUACAUGAACACGCCCUAGUGCUGGAUGCAGGUUUAUUUAUGUUCCCCCCCCCCAACACACACACAGUGCCCUUUUAUGCGUAUGGGACUGCAUCCAGAUGGGUGAUAGACCCAUAAUAGCCUGUUCUCCAUGCGCAGAUUGCCACGGUUAGAUCAGGGUACAUAAUAUACAAUAUGGUGUACAAGAGUGCCCUGUGUAAAUAGACCUAUUUUGCAUUCCUUUCAGGAGUGUGUGUUGAUUCCUGACUCCAGAUAUCUUAGUUCUUUGGGUAUCUGUGCUUGCAAUCUUACUGAAUGUAUGAAGAAUGAAACAAAUCAAACCUUAUUUUUGUACAGUUUUGAACUUUAUACUUGGAGCCUAACCACCUCAUCCCAGUGGCGAGUUGUACAGUGUGUAAAUCUGCUUUUACCUUGGAUUGGUACAGUAUUUUUGCAUCUGUGGGACCUACUUUUUUGUUCUCGUAGUUUGAACUAUAUAUAAACUGUACAAUCUGUAAAGUUUUUAUAGAAUAAAUAUUCAGCUGUGAACUGGUUAAAAUAAAACUAAUAUUUCUUAACACCUCUCAAAA